AUGACAACAGAAAAAGGAGGUAUUGCAUCAUCGCAAUCAGGCCUUGAAUGUUGCAUGUGUGGCGAUUGUGGUCUUCCUUAUGAGCUUUUCCAGUGCAACGUCUGCCAAUUCAGAUCUCAACACAGAUACUGUAGCAACCUUUAUCCAAAAGCAGAGUCUUACCAAGUCUGCAAUUGGUGUCUGAGCCAUGAAACAAAAGAAAAAUCACAGAAUUCUUCAAAUUCUUCGUCGUCAAAUAAAAACAACAGCGAAGAUGAUAGCAAGAGCAGCAGGAACAACAAGAAAAAGGACGGUGACAAUCAAGGAGGUCUAUUAAGGAACCACAGAGGAACUUUGCAGUUGCAAAUCAAUAGCCCCAUCAAGAAACAAAGGUCGCCAGAGAGAUCACCAUCAACCCGAAGGAGACUAAUCACAAAUGGAAAAUUAGAGGAGAAGCUUAGAAGGACAAGAUCAGAGGAGAUAUCAAAUAAUGGGAUCACAAGACAGGUGUUUAGAAAUAAGGUGAGAAGGUAUAAGCUCUUAGACGAGGUUUCAAGUUGA